CUGAAUCUUGAUCUACUCAGGCAGCGGCCCGCGAAGGUGUCCGAAUUAGGGUUCUAAAUUGAAGCGAGCCUGCCAGCCCUCGCAAAGAAAAGGGGGUCAGGCACACACCGCCCUCACUAGGAAACGUUGAAUGCGUCUUCAAGUUCAACUUCGAGCCCCUUGCAUAGAUCCGAUCAGUCUUAGCAGGCUACACCUUUGCGAGGACUCUGAUGGCGAUGUUUACAUUAGAUAUCUUGGCUGUGCCGCUUUCUGCAUCCUGAUAUUAUUUCAGAAGCACAAAGCUGCCUCCGUGGAGGGGAGGAAAAGAGGGCGGCAACCAUGAGGAUCACACGGAAGACUGGGGUCCUGGUAGGCAACAAAGUGAUUGCCGCCCAAGAUGAGCAGAGAGCUAGGCGGAUUCAUGAGUCCAAGUUGCAGACAAUGAGGCCGUCUGUAGACAAUGCGCAGCCGGAACACUUUGGAAAGAUGAAAGUGAAUCGCAAGAGGGCACAAUUGGAGGAAGAGCGGUUGUGCGAGAUUGAGAAGCAGAACGGGAAGCUGUUGGACAAGCUCACGCAGAUUGCCGCCAAGAGAGGAGUCACGGACCUCAAGCCAGUCACAGCGGGGACUGCGCUUCUCAAGGGGGAGGCCUGCGAAACCCGGAGCUUGAACGAGAAGUCGCGCAAGCUGGAGCUGCAACGCAUCCAGAACGAGAACCUGCAGAUCUUGAAGCGGAUUCAGCAGUCGCAGGAGAAGUCGAGCCCCGAGAUCAACCACGCCUCGCUGGAAAAGGCCUGGAGCGAGACCGCCCGUUAUCGGAAGCUUGCUAGCCAGAUCUAGCUUCCGCGCGCUUGCAUUGGACAGUAUUUAGGGACAGUGGAUGGCUGAGGUUGAUGAUAGGAAGGAGUGACGGAAACUAGCUACUGUCACACUAGACUGUGUAGUCGGACUAACAGUGACAGAGGCGCUAGGACUGCAAAAUGCAUGCACACGCUCCGCACACUUUCCAGAUUCUUUGUUUCAAUCAAGCACACUAGGUAUGGAGAUUGAUUCAAGCACUGUACGUAAGAUAGCUAUAUACUAAUGACUGGGGCCGCUGACACAUACAGAUCUGAUCAAUCAUCGUCUUGCCUAGAUCACAUUCUGACGUCAAGCGGAAUAACCUGUGUAUACAAAAGCAUCACUGAUUUGUAUACUUCAAGUUCAGC